AUGACCGAUGGAUCGGAUGUUGUGUUCACGGGCUCUCUUGGCGAACAAAACAGAACCAUCGUCCCGAUAGAGCAACUCAGAUCUGCAAUAGAUCUUACCCCCGAUCGCAUAGGUGGCAACUGGAUGUUACAAAUAUCAGAAUCCACAGUUUUGAAGGUUGGCGAAGAAGUCAGUAUGGAUGAAGCAGAAGCAUUACUCUUAAUCGCCACAAAAACAAAGGUGCCGGUGCCGAAGGUUCACACUGCCUACACGAUAGGCGAGAUAGGAUUCAUCCUUAUGAGCAAAAUCGAGGGAAGUACCCUUGCAUCUUGCUUGGAGGAUAUGCCCGGCGAAGAGCUCCAGAGGAUUACGUACCAACUCAAAUCCUAUGUUUCUGAAUGGCGUGAGUUGUCCAGUUCGUUCUUGGGCUCUGUAAAUGGCGGGCCAUGCCACGACAUCAUCUUCAGACACCCCUGGGAUUAUACAUCUACGAAACAGUAUGGACCUUUCUAUUCCUUUGAGCAAUACCAGCAUGCUGUUGUGGAGGCACUCCGUUUAUCAAGGCCUCCCGGAGUCUGGCAUGAACAAGACGAAGCGCUCAAAGACAAAAUCCUAUCCUUUAGGAAAGGGUAUUCUAGUAGUCUAGGACUUAUGACCCAUGGAGACUUACAUCCAGGCAAUAUCAUUAUUAAGGACGGGCUAAUUCAGGGAAUAGUUGACUGGGGUGAAGCUGGGUACAGCCUUCCGGAGAGGGAGUUUUUCGCCGCUAAGCGUAUUGCUUUGGAUUCGCCCUGGGUCGAAAUGAUCGACUCUGCUAUCCCUUGCUUACAGAAAGAAUAUGAGAUUUUGAAUGAAGUCGACCGGUCAAUGAUGCGGUAUUCCCCUGUAUAG